ACGUCAGCUCCACAGAAAUGCACCAUUUACGCUUCUGCUUCUGCGUUUGCAAAAUAAAAUAAACUGUUUAACCGAUUCAAGAUUUUUGAAAGUUAGCUGUUAAGUUUUUUACGGUAGUGAAAAUGAAUCGUGAAAAACUCGAGGACCUUCAACGAAAUAUAUAUUAUUCCGAUAAAUAUUACGACGAUGAAUAUGAAUACAGGCAUGUAGUUUUACCGAAAGAAAUGGUUAAAUUAGUUCCUAAAACGCAUUUGAUGUCUGAGGAUGAAUGGAGAAGUAUAGGAGUUCAACAAAGCAAAGGCUGGGUGCAUUACAUGAUGCAUACACCAGAACCUCAUAUUUUAUUAUUCAAAAGACAGAUAACAUCACCACCACCAAAAGAAGAGGAUUAGUGAUAAUGUGAUAACUAUUUGUACAUUUGUUUAUAUGUUAAGUUUUGUGUCAUGGGAAUGCAUUCUAUUAUGGAAAAAUCAUCUGAUAUGAUUUCAUAUUAGGAAAAAUGCUGGCUGUAAUAGGUUGAAUACAAGAUGCGUUUCUUUUGUGUUGAAUAUUUUCACAAUUAUAUGAAAACAAUUUAUUCUUUUAGUAAAUAAAAUUUUAAAAUUA